AUGAUCUCCAGAACUCUUGCGUGGACGCCCCGAAUAUUUGUGUCCGCGGCACGAUUCCGUGUGGGUCUCAAUUUGCCUACUAAUUGUCGUUACUUGUCCUCAAAACCUCCUAUUUUCACCCUCGAUUUGGACCUCAAUGACCUCAACCUAGAAUCAAACCAGUCCGAGCCUUCUCCACCCCAAGAAAAAGCGAAGAAGGACGAUUUGAGCGAUAUUCUAGCCGAUAUUGUGUUUGAGCCAGAGGGAUCGGAAAGCUCAGAACUUGAUCGUAUCUUUGCAGAUUUGGCCAAAGGCUCAGGUACCGAAAAUGAUAACCACUAUACAAAUGUCACAUUGGACCAGACCGACGAAGACGUUUUUGAGCAGGAAUCGAAACAGUCCGAGAUUAUCGGCGAGGAAAAGAGACUAUUCGAGGACAUUUUCGACACUUACGCUCGCAAUGACAGGGAAACUCCAUCAUCUAGCAAAUUAGAAGAAGAGGUGCUUUGGAACCUUCAACAAUCGUUUGCAAAGCCUAGCCGAAAGGCAGAAAACAUGCCGUAUUUUCAUCAAAAGUUAUCUGCACUGGUGAUCAGAAAGUGUUUGGAGAGCGCCAAAACAGCCAUGCAUCCCACACUUGAUUAUUUGGCUAGUUUAAAUAAACAACUGGAGUUAGUUGAGUUUCUUUCCGAAACCUUGGCCCGAUACGAUGCCAAGGACUACAACGAGGAUUCAUUCUACAUGCAUAAGCUCAAUAAUGAGCUGACAGAGGCAUUCGAGGCACGCACAAAUGAGGUGUUCGAGACAGCCAACCAAAGGAGCAUCGCAAGCCCUGUGGAACCAUACCUCAAUGAGUAUACGUUGCCUGUGAUGUUCAACCACAUCCUCCGGUUGUUGAGUACCAAGUUUUACAAUGGUCAAUUGGCGCUUUCGCUUUUCAAUUCCAUGAAAAAGGAUAUCAACUUAUACACAAUUAUGUGCAACCAGGAGACAUACAAUGAAAUGCUCAAGGUGUACUGGAUCUAUAUGGGCAAAUCCAGCUUGUGUGAGAUCGAGCUACUUAUGGUGGAGAUGACCACAAAUGGAUUUAAGGGCGACUUGACAACCUUCAUAAUCCUCAAAGAAAUCAUGGGAGAAUACCACACCAUGCGAAUGGGCAAGACACUUUACAAUCCAGGUGGGGCACCAAUCUGGUCGCUUGAAGAUGAAAAAAGAGCCACUAAAAUGGGGGAAAAGCUUCGAGAAUUGGGCAGGUACUUGAGAAAGAGCCAUCAUUAA